UAUAAAUGAUAUAUCACCUUGUUCAAAAUUUAUAAUGAUUAUUAUAUUGUAUAUAACUAAAAAUAAUAUCUGACUUAUGAAACGAGUUGCAAUUGUCAUGGAUAACUCUAAGGAUCUACUUAUUAAUGAACAUAAUAUUCAACUACAAGGUAUUCAACUGAAUGAUUCAGAAACUGUAACCAAAACAAUUCCACAAGAUCUAGAUGCAUUGGCAAGAGAAAUAGAAAAAGCAGAUUACUUUAUCAAAACAAAUGCUUGUAGCAAGUUGCAAGUGAUUAUAGAACAAAUUAAAUCCCUAAAGAAACAAGCUGAGAAUAUUGUUGCAGAAGCAGAUUGGAACAUGAAAUUACAUCAUGUUCCUUGUAAUUUUGUGAAACGUCCUGGACAUGUAUAUCAUCUCUACCAAAGAAAAACUGGUCAACUUUACUUUUCCAUGAUUAGUUCAAAUGAAUGGGGUAAGUCUGAAUUUGCUCAAACUUAUAAGGGUUCCUACAGAUUAGAGCAUGAUUAUUCAUGGACAUCUUUAAGAGAGAUUGAUAACAAAGAUAAAGAAAUAGCUAUGUUUGCUACAUUUUGGUCCAACAACUGCAUUUAAAAAUAUUCAUUUGAAUGUAAUUAUGUAAAGAUAAUG